GCCAACCCUCUGCCCCGACCCUCAAACUCAAACUCAACUCUUGUUACGACUGCUAUAAACGCCGAGAAAAUCGUACAAAAGACUGAAAACGGGAAAACUAGUGACGAUCUCUUAGGUCUUGAUAUGAAUAGCACAGCAAACGCGAGACCAGAUGACGACUCUUUUGGUCUAUUCGUUAGUUCUCUUCCCUCUAAAGAAACUAAUUGUGAGAUUAAAGCAGAAUCUAAGGCUACAUCAAACGAAGAAUCGGAUUUCUUUAACCAAAAAGCGCCCACCGAUGACAAGAAGGUUAUGUCUAAAGAAUCCAUUUUAUCACUUUAUGGAAGCGCUCCCCCGCCUUCUUUGCCGCCAACUCAACAGCCAAUUGGUUCGCAGAGCACACAAUUCAAUGGUUUAAAUUCAUCGCUAUUUAUGGGACAAUUUGGGCCUAACUCUCAACCCAUGGCAUCGCAGACACCGAACCCAAUGUUUGUGUCACAAAACACUGGCAUCGAUCCAUUGCAGGCACCGAUGGGUCAGACAUCGAAUCUAAUGAGUCAAUCUAACUUUCCCUUAACGACAAACCCUUUUCUCGCUAACACUUCAAAGGGCUCUAACUUUGGUCAGCAAACUGUCCAACAGGUGUGUUAUCUUCCUAUCCGAUGCUGCGGCUCUUUCAAUGACGCCGAGUCUUAUUGCAAAGCGAGGGGCGGUUUAGUUGUAAACUCAGUGGUGGAGGUCAGCCAUAAUUUCCUCUUUUAUGAAUUGGAGAGAAUUAAGCCUAAACUCAAGUCCAAACUGGUUUGGCUCGGAGCCCGUCGGGAGCCGCAGCCGCACAACGGACCCAGUUUUCAUCGCUCCAGAACUCAGGUCUGGAAUUGGGUUAACGGACAGCCCGUCAACACUUUCCUCUGGGCUGAAGAUCAGCCAAACAACUAUAACGGACAGCAAAACUGUAUAGUAUUGGACGGCGGGCGCAAAUGGCUGUGGAAUGACGUGACCUGUGAUUUAGACUAUCUUUCGUGGAUCUGUCAGUACAGGCCGUCCAACUGCGGCAGUCCUGACAAGAAUGAAAACACCACUAUUAUUGAUAAGGACUAUCGCGUGGGACAGACCGUCUCAUACCAGUGUCCAGUUGGCAGCCGAUUAGACGGCUCCGCACAACGUCUUUGUCAGAGCAAUGGUUUUUGGCAGCACUCGGCGCCCACCUGUCAGUACGUCAAUUGCGGUUCAUUACCACAUAUACCUCACGGGAGGCACUCGGCGCCCACCUGUCAGUACGUCAAUUGCGGUUCAUUACCACAUAUACCUCACGGGAGGGUUGAGUUUGUCAACAAUUCUCGCACUACUUUCAAUGCCAGCGCUCGCUAUUCUUGCGAUGAAAACUAUACUCUUGUGGGCAAUAAUACUCGCGUAUGCGAAGGCAACAGCACUUGGAGUGGUAUUGAACCCAAAUGCCUAUACAGUUGGUGUCCGGUCUUGACAUUUAUACAUAACGGCGCUAUCAAUAUAACGAACCGCACGGAAAAUGGUUUGGCGACCUAUACGUGCCAUAAGGGCCAUAUACUUGUGGGCAACUCUACCCGCAAAUGUCAAUUGGGGGGCAAAUGGACAGACGAGGAGCCGGUUUGCAAAUUCAUUGACUGUGGAGUGCCAUUAGAAGUGCGAAACUCUAAAUUCCGGUUAUUAAACGGCACCACAUAUUACAACAGUGUCGUGAAGUACGAGUGCGACAACAACUACACUAUUGAUGGCCAUGAGUUACGCAACUGUACAGAGUUGGCCAACUGGAGUGGCGUUGAGCCCAACUGCAAAUUGAUUGACUGCGGAAAGCCAGUCGUUCCCCCAGGGGUUAGACUCUUGAGUGACUCAUUCACUGUUCACUCGGAGAUUAAAUACGAGUGCGAAUCGGGUCACAAACUGGUUGAUGGCGUCCAACGGCAUAGGUGUCAGUCCGAUGGAAAGUGGAGCGCAACUAUUCCGGUUUGCACAGCUGUCGAGUGCGGACGAGUGCAGACCAUAUUGAAAGGCGAAGUGAUUUACGUAAACUCAACCACUUAUCUAAACAGCCAAUUAGUCUAUGCGUGUAGUAGUGGUUAUAAACUCGUUGGCACUAAAACCCGAGUUUGUGGUGAAGAUUCCCGAUGGUCGGCAUCUACUCCCAAAUGUGAAGAAAUACGAUGCGUUUCUCCAGAGGUUCCAAAGAACUCAUCUGUGGUUUACAGCGGAAAUGAUAGGUCAACGAGUGAUUCAUUUAAAGUGGGAUCUACUGUACAAUACCGGUGUUCUUUGGGCCAUAUAGUUCAGGGACAGUCUUUGCGAACGUGUGAAUCUAAUGGACUCUGGUCUGGAGGGCCACCCAUUUGUGUCUACAUUGACUGCGGCCUCCCAUUCCCGGUAUCACACGGGAAAUGGUUACUCAACAGUAAUACCACUUAUUAUGGAAGUACUGUUGAAUAUGUUUGCGAUCAGAACUUUAAACUGAAUGGUCCGGGAAGGAGGAUAUGUUUAGAGAACGGCACGUGGAGUAGUGUUCCUCCCAUUUGCGAUGUCGUAACGUGUAAUAAACCCGAAACCAAAGACGACAAGACUAUAGUAGAGGCCAACAGCUUUUCGGUCGGCGCUAAAGCGUAUUAUUCAUGUAUUUAUGGCUUAGAAUUGGUGGGCGAAGAGAUGCGGACGUGUCAGCCGACUGGCCAUUGGACAGGAGAUAUGCCCUAUUGUAGACUUGUGGAUUGCGGUCGCCCUCCAGUUAUACCCAAUGGUAGGGGAUAUUUAGUGAACGGCACGACACUCUUUGGAAGUAUUGUUGAAUACCAUUGUCUUCCGGAGUUUAAACUAAUAGGCGAUUCUCAACAACGCAAAUGUUUGGCCACUGGGGACUGGAGCGGAACGAUUCCCAGAUGUCUUGAGUUAGCCAUAGCUAAUGAAAUUGAGAACAAUAUCGACGGCCAAUCAGAUGAGCACUCGUUUGAUGCAAACUUUGAGUCUUCAAAAGCGAUUGGUAUUGGGAUAGCCGUAGGCGCCGGCGCUUUGCUUAUACUUAUAAUUAUUGUUGCCGUCAUUUGCCUCAAAGCCAAAAAACCUCAACCCGUGAAGAAUACAGAGAACGUCGAAGUGAACCGACAGCCGGACAAAGACACGGCAACUGUUAUGUCAUAUUCUCGUCUAAGUCUUGAGACAGAGGCGGCGGCUGCGGCCGCGGCCAACAAUCUGCCGCAUAACGGCGCUAUCCGUCACCACCCGAACGGUUUGGUCACUUUCAGUCCCCCUUCCGGUCAUCAAAAUCAACCGCUUUAUGCGAAUACAACUGCUUUUCGCAAUAAUAACGGCAAUACAGUUAGUGUUGCCAUACGUUCAACACAACCACAAACCAACUCUAGAUUUGCGUCAAUCAAUUCCAACGGAAACGGCACUCACGGCGGACAUGGAGGACACGCUCUCCAUAUGCAGAGCCAUAAUGUUUAG